CUCUCUUCUUACUGAUCUACCUAGCGUGUGGGCCUCUCUCCAUCUUAGAGGUGGUGUUCCUCAAGGGUUUGCAAAAUUCUCAUUCAGGCAGUCUCUGUCUCAUAGAAAACAACAUGAAUUUUGCGGCAUCAUUGUGCAGAAGAUUGAAUAUCAAGGAACUCGUGACAAAUGUUCCCAUGUACAGAAGUGCUGGUGAUGUUUCUGGAGAAGGAUUGAGUCUUGUGUUCAGGCGUUGGGCUACCAAAAAGACAGCUGGGUCCACAAAGAAUGGACGGGAUUCAAAACCCAAGAACCUUGGAGUGAAGAAAUUUGGUGGAGAGAGGGUGAUACCUGGAAAUAUCAUUGUUAGACAACGUGGUACUCGUUUUCAUCCAGGAAACUAUGUUGGAUUAGGGAAAGAUCAUACUUUGUUUGCUUUGAAAGAGGGCUGGGUGAAGUUUGAACGGAACAAGCUGACAGGUCGCAAGUGGGUGCAUGUUGAACCCAAGGAAGGUCAUGUCCUCCACCCUGUGUAUGCAGAUGCUUCAGCAUCUGAACAAAAAGUUGCUGUCUAAGUCUUACCAGCUUAUCUAUGAUAGAAAAUUCUUGUUAGUGGCAAAAUUCAGCUUGCUUUCUUGGUUUAUGUGAACUUCUAGGUGUUCUACCUCGCCUUAACUUUUAUAUUUGCUCUUCUUGUUUGGUUAUUCAACGUGCUGUUCAUUUGCUCUUCUUUUAUAUUUGUCAUGUUAUGUCUGAUAAGAAGUGCAAUUGGUUAGUAGUUAGUUAGCAAAUUCUUAACCAAUUAGUUAGUUAAAAAUAGGU